CUUUUAUUUCCUCUUACGAAAAUAUAGAUUAAUAAGAAUAAAUAUACGUGAAAUAGGUUAAUUAAUUACGUCUAUUUCAAUAAACUGGAAUAUUUUGAGGUUACAUGAGUAUAUAGCUUAUAUGUUGGAAAAUAAUACGAGUGUCUCCUUGUCCUCUUCUCCUUGACAAUGGCGACGUCCAAGUCUGAAGACAUCCUUGGGCAAAAAUGGGACCGCUGUGUGGCUGAUACCUUAAUCAAGAUUGGUGGAGGCCUCACCCUUGGAGUCGUAUUUUCUGCAAUAAUUUUUAAGAGGCGACCAUGGCCACUUAUCUUCGGUCUAGGUGCUGGUGCGGGUAUGGGUUAUGCUAAUUGUCAACAUGAAUUUGAUGAGCCAUUCCUAGUGAAAGCAGAGAAAAUCUUUGUAAAGCCCAAGAUUCCUGCUGCACCUGAGGCAUCUCCCACAGAAGCCCAGUAAAGCAAUGGAUAGCCGUCAUUGUAUAUUAUCUCUUAAGUCAUUUUUGUAUAUUGUGGAAAUGCAUUUCAUCCUAUAUUAUGAAAGUUGAUGCUGAACAUUUUUUUUAGUCUUCUUGGACCUUCUUGGUACGUAUUUCAGUAAUUGCUUUUACUGAUGCAUUAUGUAAAAUUUAUCUUUUGUAAAUAACAUCAUCACUAAUA